ACUACACGACCAAGCAUGAGGAUAAAUACAGAAAUCUGUCUGAUGAAGAGCAUGCGUGGGAGUCUGAUGCGUUGCAAGCAAAACUGCAAACCCAACAAGGACUUUUUACGAAACUUCACACCCCCAGAGAUGCAGCCGUCGGGACAAGUUAUGUAAUUUCUCACAAAAUCGGCAGAAAAAGUAAGGCGUUUUCUGACGGAGAGUUUAUUAAGCAGUGCUAAUUGGACUCUGUUGCAUUGUUGUGCCCGGAGAAAAAGGGCGCAUUUGAGAACGUGUCACUCUCCCGACGCACUGUAACAAGGCGGGUUGAGGACAUCGCUGGAAACUUGGAGCUUCAGUUGAAGAACAGAGCGGACGACUUUGACAAUUUUUCUCUGGCUUUGGAUGAGAGCUGCGAUGUACGUGACACCGCCCAGCCACUCAUCUUCUUAUGUUGGAUAACUGCCAACAUUCAAAUCUUGGAGGAGUUGGUUGACAUGCAGUCAAUGAAAGGGACAACUACUGGUAAUGACUUGUUCACAGAGAUGGAACUCAUUGACCUGCAGUCUGACACACUUCUGGCAGAGCACUUCAGGUCAGUCUCACUGCUGGACUUUUACUCCUCCCUCAAAGAGGAGAACUUUCCACACCUGAGGAGGCAUGCUCAGAGGAUUCUAGUCCUCUUUGGAUCUACCUACAUAUGUGAACAGACAUUCUCUGUGAUGAAGUUCAACAAAUCCAAACACAGAUCCUCUAUCACUGAUGACCACCUCUCAGCUGUCCUUCGCACAGUCCCCUCAGACAUUCAGCCAGAUUUCAAUGCCCUUGUUCAAGCCCAGAACAGACUGGAUUAUUCUCACUGAA